GCCGCGCGAGCGCAGCCCUCUGAUAGCCCAAUGCCUGCUCGCCGUCGUCCGCCAUAUUGUGUAAGAGGUGGCUUACAAGUUUGCGGGGGAUAUUAAGGAAAGAUAAAUCUUCGUUUUAUAGACUAUUUGGUUUACACUUCCCCGACGGGAGCCCUCGAGGGAGAGGGGGCGCUCGGCGAGAGGACAACGGUAGCAAAACUCCGUUUACUGAAGAAAGCGCCUUGAAGCACCCGAAGGAAGCGCAGGAGGAAUUCUUUUAAUUUAAGAAGUUUGGUAUCUAUUGCAAUUGGAAGAAUAUGGACCAGCACUACAAACGUCGCCUUCUUCGUCAGAUUAACAUCCAAAAUGAAAAUGACAACCCAGCUGUUGUAGAGCUGCAGAGAAUGUUGAGUCCUACAAAGUCUCCCUUGUCCUCACCCAGCAAACAUGGUGACAGAUUCAUCCCUUCUAGAGCUGGGGCCAACUGGAGCAUCAACUUUCACCGAAUAAAUGAGAAUGAAAAGUCUCCAAGUCAGAACCGAAAAACCAAAGAUGUUACCUCAGACAGCAGUAAAGCUGAUGGUCUAGCAUACUCUGCCUUGCUGAAGAAUGAAUUACUAGGAGCUGGAAUUGAGAAAGUUCAGGAUCCACAAACGGAAGACCGGCGUUUACAGUCGUCAACACCAGAACAAAGAAGUCUUUUCAGUUACACUCUGAGUGCGAAACGUUCAAGCCUAGAUGAUGGAAAUGACAUCUCUCCUUAUUCCUUGUCUCCUGUAAGCAGCAAAAGCCAGAAGUUAUUAAGAUCACCAAGGAAGCCAACCCGGAAAAUUUCCAAAAUACCCUUUAAAGUUCUCGAUGCUCCUGAACUGCAAGAUGACUUCUACCUUAAUCUGGUUGACUGGUCAUCUCUCAAUGUUCUUAGUGUAGGCCUUGGCACUUGUGUAUAUCUAUGGAGUGCCUGUACCAGUCAGGUGACCCGUCUGUGUGAUUUGUCUGUUGAGGGAGAUUCAGUUACAUCUGUAGGCUGGUCAGAAAGGGGAAACUUGGUUGCUGUUGGAACCCAUAAAGGCUUUGUACAGAUUUGGGAUGCAGCUGCUGGCAAGAAACUUUCGGCUCUGGAGGGACAUACGGCCAGAGUUGGUGCACUGGCGUGGAACGCAGACCAACUUUCUUCUGGCAGCCGUGACCGUAUGAUUUUGCAGAGGGAUAUCCGAACACCGCCUAUGCAGUCAGAACGGAGGCUGCAGGGCCAUCGCCAGGAGGUGUGUGGCCUAAAAUGGAGUACUGAUCACCAACUGCUGGCCUCAGGAGGCAAUGAUAAUAAGUUGCUGGUUUGGAACCACUCUAGUGUUGUCCCAGUGCAGCAGUAUACUGAGCACUUGGCAGCUGUGAAGGCUAUUGCCUGGUCACCCCAUCAGCAUGGUCUCCUUGCAUCUGGAGGAGGUACUGCUGACCGGUGUAUUCGCUUCUGGAACACGCUGACUGGCCAACCUCUGCAGUGCAUUGACACCGGCUCUCAAGUCUGCAACCUGGCGUGGUCUAAACAUGCUAAUGAACUAGUCAGCACACAUGGUUAUUCACAGAAUCAAAUUUUGGUGUGGAAAUAUCCUUCAUUAACACAAGUUGCCAAACUGACUGGACAUUCCUAUAGAGUUUUGUACUUGGCCAUGUCUCCAGAUGGUGAGGCCAUAGUGACAGGAGCAGGCGAUGAGACACUAAGGUUUUGGAAUGUCUUUAGCAAAACCCGCUCCACAAAGGAAUCCGGAUCUGUUUUAAAUAUGUUCACAAGGAUUAGGUAAAACCAAACAAGGUGGUCUGGAACAGAUGUCAGUCAUCCUUAAAAAGGAGAACAAGAGGAAUACAAAUGCUUCAUGUGGACUCCUUUAUGCAGACUCUUCAUGUGCAAACAAAAUAAAUCAACCAAGAGCACCAGUUCUCCAUUGUUUACAGACUGCCAAAUUUGGAUUUCUUGUAAAUGUUUGUUAUGUAUUCCUGUUCUUUGUUUGUGAUGUGCGAUUGUUUUCUCUUUUAAUUUUUCAGUUUACGUUCUCUGCAUUAAGGAAAGUCGCAUAUUGAUCUGAAGUAGAAUGGUCAAAGCCAAGCAGUUUAGCAUUACUGUUCCCGAAAUGUCUCUAAUAAGUGCACAUGUUCCCCUUUUCAGUCUCAGUUCUUUUUUUAUUUGAUGCAAUCAACGUUCAGGAAAAAAGAUGAAGUGCACAGGGGGGCAAGAGGCUUUCAUCCACUGGGAUCAGACUGGAGUCUGGAAAUGUAAUUUUCAGCACAUCAUGACAUUCAAUCAGCUUCAAUUUUUUUUUUCUUUUUAACUAUAGUCAAAAUAAGGUUUAGAAUGUUCUAGAAAGCACUUGAAUUACUUUUUUUUUUCCUAAUUGGAGAUUUUCUCUCCCAAUUCACAAAACAUUACAAAAAGGCUUUGCAAGUUGUUGCUCAUGUCUUGAUCACAUUCAGAGUCCUGCCGCUGCGCGUGUGCGUGCGUGCGUGUGUAUGGUGGUUUUUUAUUUUUAUGUUUUCAGUUUCUGCCAUCAGGAUGUUUUUUUAUUCUCUAGUGUGUUUUUUGUAAAUAAUUUGUAAAACACGAGUUGAGCGUAUUGUAAAGUGAAUAAUUGUAACAUCCAGACAAUAUAAUGUUAAACCAAA